UUAACGCUCUUCCUGGCUUAGUCUUUGUUUGAUUUUUGUUUUGUUUUGUUAAUCCUCACCUGAGGGUAUUUUUUCCCCAUUGAUUUUUAGAGAGAGAGGAAGGGAGGGAGAGAGGGAGGGGAAGAGAGAGGCAGGGAGAGAGAGAGAGAGAAACAUCCAUGUAAGAGACACAUCGACUGGUUGCCUCCUGCAUGCGCCCUGAUGGGGCCGGGGCUCUAACCUUCCAGCCAGGUUCGUGCCCCUGACUGGGAAUGGAACCCAUGACCCUCUGGUGCGCGGGCCGACGCUCCAACCACUGGGCCACACGGGCCGGGCGGCGUGGAGGUCUGUGGCGGCUGCGCCUCACCGUCUGCACUUGUUAUGACACAGGUGUCAACGCCGACCCCAGCGAGUCGCGGGUCCCGAGGAAGGACGGGGUCCUCGUCAGCAGCUCCCUGGCAGCCUUCGCCUACAUCCGAGCCCACCCCGACAGGGCCGCCCUGCUGUUCGUGUCCAGCGUCUGCGUUGGCCUGGCCCUCACGCUGUGCGCCCUGGUCGCCCGAGUGUCCUGCGCCAGGGACCUGCGGGCGCUGCGGGGGGCGCGGGAGCCCCUGGUGGCCGGAAGCGACGGGGCCUCGGAGGACAGCGAGGACGCAGAGGGGAGCGAGCACUCCUCCGCCUCCAGCUUCCCCAGGGAGCUGUCGGGGCUCCGCAGGACUCCGUACCCCGCGUACACGUCCAUCGAGGUCGCGGAGCUGGCGGAGAGGAUCGAGCGCAGGGAGCAGAUCAUCCAGGAAAUAUGGAUGAACAGCGGCCUGGACGCCUCGGUGCGCGGAGCGCGGGCCCCUUCUACUGAGCACAGCGCCUCGCUGCCCCUUGACGUGCCCGACCUAAGCGGGCAGCGCCGGCCCCGGUCUGGCUCACUCGUACCUUCUGUGAAGGAGACUCUGUGGUGUCACCUGGACCCGGGGAAGCCGGACGUGACCACAGGACCUUCCCGGUGUCCGCAGCACAUGCCUCAUAAACCGGAGGCGGCUUCGAUUUCCGUAUUUAUUGAGGUUCCCGUCUACACGGUGACACGAUUACCGUUCACACUGAUGGAGCGAUCACACCGCCUGUCCCCACGCUUUCCUGGUGCCGUCACCACGCCCACGGCGACCGCAGGCACGGCCACCGUCCAGCCAAGCAGCUGCACUGGCACCAGGACGCACGCGGUCACCGCUGGCGGGUUUUAAAAAUAUAUUUUUAUUGAUUUCAGAGAAGAAGGGAGAGGGAGAGAGAGAAACAUCGAUGAUGAGAGAGAACCGUGGAUUGGCUGCCUCCUGCACGGCCUGUGCCCUGACCGGGAAUCGAACCUGACCUGGUUCGUAGGUGG